CGAAUAUAGUGAAUAAUCAAAUUCGCGCUGAGAUGUAUAAAGGCACAGAUCCCACUGUCGAAACGCAAUUUAAUAAACUCUAUGUGUAUCCGAUGGAUAAUGUUAGCAUACUGUUUGCUGAUAUUAAGGGUUUCACUGAACUGGCAAGUAAAACUUCCGCCCAACAGCUUGUGAAAAUUCUUAAUGAUCUGUUUGCUCGCUUUGAUCGUAUCGCCGAGUUCGAGAGUGACAAUUGGAAGACCCGGCCGGAUCAUGCGGUAUGCAGUGUGGAGACUGGACUGCAUAUGAUAAAGGCCAUCAAGGAUGUGCGACUGCAUACGCAUGUUGAUCUGAAUAUGCGCAUUGGCAUUCAUAGCGGCUCAGUGAUGUGCGGCGUUUUGGGCAAUAAAAAAUGGCAUUUUGAUGUUUGGUCCAACGAUGUUAUUAUUGCCAAUCAUAUGGAAUCUGGCGGUAUUCCUGGACGCGUACACAUUUCGGAGGCCACAUUGAAGUGCCUCAACGAGGCCUACGAAGUGGAGCCCGGCAACGGUGGUAGUCGUGACAAUCACUUGAAAAUGUUGAACAUCAAAACGUAUCUGAUAAAACGCACUGAGCCAUUAAGACCGAAACGUCGCUUUGGCACGCGCAGCAGUCAACAUUUGGCCAACACCAUUUCAAGUGCGACAGCUGCGGGCGGCAGCGAUGCCAGCACCCCAACUGCCGUCACAACACCCGCCAGCAUCGCUUCCAAAUCCAUAUCCACCACAACUGGUGUGGAAGCGCAACAGCAACAGCAACAGCAACAGCCACAGCCACAACCACAUUUGCCCCCCAAUCCUCUACCAUCGCUCGCUGCACUACAAAAGAAAAAUAUUUCAGUAAACUCAUUGCCAAAUGUAAUGGAGGGUGUUGCGUUGGGUAAUGGUGGACGUGCAGCUGAUGGCAUCAAUGGGCCUAGAAGCAUCGCAGGUGGCGGUAGUGAUAGCGCUGGUGGCAUUGGAGCUGGUGAUACAACUGGCUUGUCGACUGUUUCAUCGCCUACAACGCUGACUGCGCCUACAGUGGUCGAUCAACAGCCGCCGCUAAAAUUGAACGGCACUGCAGCGAGUGUACAGAACCUGACGAGCACAAUUGACCCGAAAGCAUUGAUUAUUGAGGAUGAACCGACCACUGAAUGGACGCCGGAAAUUCCAUUUAAAAAUCUAAACUCGCCACAGGACGGCCUCAAUCGCAGCGAUUCGGUUUUAUGUGAUACCAAACAGGAACAUGGCCUUUCAAUGACGGCGUUGGAUGAAGAGAUUGAUGAUUUCAUAGAACAAAAUAUACAAAUUAACUCCAAUAAGGAGAUACGACGGGAGUACCUGAACACAUGGACUUUGAAGUUUAAAGAUCGCGGUCAAGAACAAAAGUUUUGUCAAUUACGCGAAGAUAUGUUUAGAUCGAAUAUGCUGUGCAUUUUUAUCAUCUGGCUGUUUAUUGUAAUGUGCCAAGUAAUUAUUAUACCACGUUGUACCAAAUUAAUUAUUUGCCUAGUGGUGGGCACAAUCUUCUUAACAUUUGCUUGCGUGCUAGUCAUGGCAGAAGAGUUCUCAAAUCUCCCACUCUACCUGAAACAAAAUUCUGCCAAACUUGUUCAUCAACGGCGGCGGCGUACAUUCUUCAUUUGCAUUGUCAUCGUAAUGAUGUCGGUGUUGAGUGCAAUUGGCUUGGUACUCUGUCCGGAUGCAACAUUCGCCUUUGACAGCACCGGCGACAAUAAAACCUCAACAUCCACUACACAGUUAACUAGUAACAACAACUCGGUUAGUGCUCUGUUGGCAAGCGGCAGUGAAAAGGAAAUCAAAUUAAAUGUUUACCUAUCGGCGACAAUACAUCACAACAUCACCAUCAAUGCAGCUAAUGGCACAAUUGUCGAUGCAUUCAUCACCGACAAUCUCACAGCAGCAGCACCAGCUGGCGAUCUUGUACGCCAAAGCAUUGUUAAUGCGCUCAAUUUAACACAAACACCUAUAAAUCUGCUGAAUGCAUCAGCCAACACACUCGAAUCCUUCGAACAAUCGCCACGCGGCAUUUUAAUGGCAACCGCUGCCGCCGCCGCUGCUGCUGCUGCUGCUGCACCGCUAGUCAACGACACCGACACCGACACCGACACGGAAUCGGAACUGACUGAUGCAGCUCACUUGGAGCUCUACAACAGCAUCAACACUUUUAAUAGCACGGAUGAUACGACGGUGCAUCGAAAUGUUUGUGCGCAUCCCGAGUAUAUCAUUUUCACCUGGGUGCUGUGUCUCGUUUCGCUUGCGACAGCGCUAAAGCUCUACUAUCUCAUCAAAACUUUACUCGCAAUGGCUAUGGUCGGCUGCUAUAUGAUCUUAAUAUUGACACUGUUCCAAGCGCUCUACUCGUCAUCAGCUGCGAGUUUCGAUUAUCUACGCAUGGCCAUGCCACUGGAUGUGCAGAUGCUUAUACUGCUGUGCUCAUUCUUGAUUAUGGUCGGCUAUCAUGCGCGCCUGGUAGAGGUCACUUCGCGUUUGGAUUUCAUUUGGAAGGAGCAAGCUGAGCGUGAAUUAAUGAAUAUGAAAUCGAAUCGUGCACUUAACGACACAUUAAUUAAGAACAUUUUGCCAGAUCAUGUUGCCGCCUAUUAUCUCUCCGAUGAGCACACUGACGAAUUGUAUUCGAAAAACCAUGCACUUUGUGGUGUUAUGUUUGCUUCUAUACCCAAUUUUCAGGAUUUCUAUUCGGAGGACAUCGACAAUGGCAAGGCAUGCAUACGCAUAUUGAAUGAGAUUAUAUGCGACUUCGACGAACUCCUGGAGGAACCCCGCUUUGCGUCCAUUGAGAAAAUCAAGACUGUUGGCGCCACCUACAUGGCCGCUUCCGGUCUAAAUUCAGCACAUUUGAAUGCACGCGGCGAGACAGCGGAAGACAGCGUUUGCGAUUUGGUUGAGUUUGCCUUUGCCAUGAAACAAAAACUGGAGGAAAUCAACAAGGAAGCAUUCAACAACUUUCAGUUGCGCGUGGGCAUCUGCAGCGGUCCCUUGGUGAGCGGUGUGAUUGGCGCGCGCAAGCCCGUCUAUGACAUCUGGGGCAAUACGGUGAACGUGGCCUCACGUAUGGACUCCACCGGCGAGAAUUGGCGCAUACAAGUGCCUACCAAAACUUCAGAGCUGCUAAAGGGCAAGGGAUACACGUGUGUGAAACGCGGCGAGAUAAAUGUAAAGGGCAAAGGCCUAAUGGUCACGUACUUUGUGCAUCCUAGAGGCGCCAAUGAAAGUCAAUUAUCGUCACCGGUGCGACUGCCGGCGGGUGUGCCAUUAUCGCAGACGCCCAACUUACAGCGCCAGACAUCGCAUCAUGGCUCCUUCAGCGCUGUGGUGUUCGGCAUGUUGCAGGCAUCGAAACGUAGCACAACCAUAGCAGGCACACCGACUGGCACUCCCUCACCGCAAAUAAGACGUGGUCGUCGUGGUAGUACCUUCAGUUCAGUGCGUCUAUCGCAAAAGUCUACCACCACCAACAAUCCGGUGAGGCGGAAUACAACACGAGUGCGUGGUCGCUCAUAUCGACAGAAGAAGAGCUCGUCCAACAACUCGAUAGUAACACAGACCAGUAAUUCGUACAUCUCGUCGUUUCGACGCAUCGAUCAAAUUGAGACGACGCUGUCCAAAAGUCACAAUGAUGCUUUAUAGCCAAUGCGCAAUUGGGUGUAAGUCGACGCACCAGCGCAAGGCGACCAAUUUUAAUUUACUACUAAAUACUACUACAUAUGUGCACACUUAUUUAUUAUACGAGUAUAUUAGCUAUAUUUUUAGAUAUAUAAAAAAAUUAGUUUAGUAAAGAUAUUUACGAAGGAUAAAAAAAGUUUGACAAGCACUUCCCAGUGAUCCCUUUGGUGUAAACUGAUUUCAAUUAAGCAAAAAGUGCAUUUAUUUUUGGAGCAUUUUUUAAUAAGUUAGUAACUUAGAUUCAGAUACAUACAUAUGUA